UGCCUGCCUAUUACCAGCUGACUAACUUCUGCUUUGGGUUCCGGUUGGUGAGAGAGGAGGAGGCGGGGAAGGAGGGCUUUAAGCUGGGAUAAAAGUUUUGCUUGGCUCCCUCAAAUGCAAUAGAAGUUUGUUUUUUUAAAUCAUGUGGCUCGACUGGACUGGGUGUUUUAAACGUCGCCUUGCUUUAAGGGGAAAUAAUGCGGAAAGAUCUUAAGAAUAUCCAGAAUAUAAUUAAUCCGCUCGUCCGAAAAGCUGUUUACAAACACAGAGCGUGGUGUCCAUGAGACGACAGCAGCUCCUAUCUUAUCACACCAGACGAUGGCAAACGCGACUCAGGCGGAGGUGUAUCUGUUCGAGCAGGUGGUCGUGCUGUUUUCGUGCGCGCUGUCUUUUCUGGGCUCCUCUCUGGUUAUCCUCACCUACAUUAUUUGGUCGGAUUUGAGGACAACUCCGAGGAAACUGCUGGUUUACCUCUCGGUGUCUGACUGGCUCUCCGCCGUCUCCUACGCCGUCGGAGUGUGGAGCGUCUUCCGCUCAGACUCGGCUGAGUGCGUCGCUCAAGGAGCGAUCUCCUCUUUCGCCAACACCAGCUCUUUUUUCUGGACUGUGGCCAUCGCCGUUUACCUGUACGUUUUCAUCGUGAGGUCCAGCCAAAGACUCGCUGACAGCCUGGUGCUGGUGUUCCACCUCGUCAGCUGGGGCGUUCCUCUGGCCAUCACUGUUGCGGCUGUGAGCCUCAAUAAGAUUGGCUAUGAUGCAUCAGAGGUGUCGGUGGGCUGGUGCUGGGUCAGGAUCAAUGCUGGAGAUCGGGUCCUGUGGAUGCUGCUGACUGGAAAGAUCUGGGAGUUCCUGGCGUACCUCACCCUCCCCGUCCUUUACAUCCUGAUCAAGAGGCACAUCCACAUAGCGCAUGCGGCCCUCUCUGAGUACCGUCCCAUCUUGCCCAACAGACCUCCCACUCACUCCUCCUCCAUGGCUGAUGUGAAGCUCACACUCAUUCCCAUCAUCUUCAUCGUCCUGCGCAUUUGGAGCACAGUGCGCUUCAUCCUGCUGCUAGCAGACUCACAAGUCAGAUAUAACCCAGCGCUGGUCACUCUGCACGGAAUCGGCAACACCUCGCAGGGAGCAGCCAACUGCAUCAUGUUUGUCUUGUUCACUCAGCCGAUCCGCACACGCAUCUGCGCCGCGCUCAGCUCCUGCUCCUGCUCCACAUGUCGAGAGGAGGCGCAGCACUCACAUGAAGCCUCUCAGAGGCUGCUACCGGGGCAGGACGCAUCCGCCCAGAGAGAAGAAGACGGCACCAUCCGAGGCCACGCCGACAGAUGAUAGUUUUUGUGCGAUGAGACAGGCUGACAUGAAGGGAGGAGUUCUCCACUUCACCUCAAGCCUCAUUACACUGAGUGCCUGCUGCGAUGGCUGUUGAUUCUGCAGGUGCAUGCACUUCUGUGCUAUGUGUCUGCACUGUGGGUGAUGGGAUGUUGGAGCAUUAUUUGCAUUUAAUGUACUGUAAGUCACAUAUGUAAAGUGUUUCUAUUUUUUUCCACUUUGGGUUGGUGUGUGUAGAUGAUUUCACUUCCCUUUUCCCAAAGAAAGUGAAGGAUGUCCGCUGUACUGCACUCAGGUUAUCACUGUGAAGGAUUUUUGUUGUUGUUUUUGUAGUGUUCAAAUAUUAUGAAUUUGGGGAAAACUUUUAUUGCCCAGUGAUGUUGCAAACAAUAAAGAGAAGGUAAAGCUUUGUCACUUUAGGUCACAAGCAUGCUGUAAAUGUCUUUUUUUUUUUUUUUUUUUUUGUUCUGGGUAUUGAACUUACAGAGUGUACAAAAUGCAUGAUGAGAUAACUCCCAGAAAACAGCAAAUGUGUCCAGUUUGAGUUUAUGUCCAGUUAUCCUUAUGAUAAAAUGUCCAAAAAAACACUGCCCCUGAAGCAAAGGCAGGAGCGAUGCAUUUACUCAAAUUUAAAGAGUCGUGCAUUAUACUAACUCUUACCUCGUGUUCAUGCAUCUUUCACUUGACAUAAUUUACAUU